CCAGUCUGAGAUGCCUAUCCCAUCCAGCUCAGGUUAAGCAAAAACCCUCGUCAAUUUUCACUCCUCAGUUACUCAUAUAAAUCCAAGCCCUAUCCCCCACCCUUACUCUCACCACUGUCAGAAUCCCAGUCCACCAACAACCACGUACACCAAGAAAACCAUGGCUAUAUUCAAGAACCACGCCGCUCUUCCCACCGUCUUCUUCUACGUCUCCGCCACCCUCUUCUCCCUCUUCAUCGCUUCCCCGGACUCCUACUUCAACGACAUGUCGCCGGUGCCGGCUCCCACCGUGGCACCAUACGACGGCGGGCAGUGGAUUCUUCUCCACAAGAGCAUAGGAGUCUCCGCAAUGCACAUGCAGCUUCUGAAGAACAACAAGGUCAUUCUGUUUGACCGCACCGACAUGGGGCCCUCCAACGCCACGUACCCCCCCGGCGCCGUUCAAUGCCGCAACUACACCGUCCGUAACAGAACCGUAACGGACUGCACCCCUCACUCUCUCUUAUACGACGUCGCUUCGGACACCUUCCUCCCCUUGGUCGUGAAAUCCGACACGUGGUGCUCGUCCGGCGCGGUGGACCCCAACGGCACGCUUGUCCAGACGGGUGGUUACGGCACUGGGAUUCAAGCGAUCAGGACUUUCACGCCGUGCGACGAUGACACGUGUCAGUGGGUCGAGCUGGGUGUGAAGCUGUUGGCGCAGAGGUGGUACGCGACUAACCAGAUUCUCCCCGACGGCCGCGUCAUCGUCGUCGGCGGAAGGCGGGCUUUCAACUACGAGUUUUACCCCAAGGCGGACGACAAGUCGUCCAAGCUUUACACCAUGAGGUUCUUGUGGGAGACGACGGACUUUUACGAGGAGAACAAUCUUUAUCCGUUCUUGCAUCUCUUGCCCGACGGCAACCUCUUCGUUUUCGCCAACAACCGGUCGAUUCUCUUCGACUACAACAACAACACCGUCGUCAAGGCUUUUCCGGUGAUGCGAGGAGGUGUCAAGCGGUCCUACCCGGCUACCGGGUCGUCGGUGAUGCUCCCGCUCAAGAUGAACGGGGUUCUUGACGGGUCGGGUCAACCCGAGGUGGAAAUCUUGAUUUGCGGCGGGUCCUACGGCGGCGCUUACUACAAAUCGAACCGGGAGAACGUCUACAUCGGCGCAUCCGCCAGCUGCUGCCGGAUCAAGCUCUCGGAUCCGAACCCGAACUGGGUCAUGGAGGAAAUGCCGCUGCCACGUGUCAUGGGCGACAUGCUGCUCUUGCCGAACGGUGACGUCCUCAUCCUGAACGGCGCGGCGAACGGAACGGCAGGGUGGGAGGACGCGAUCAACCCGGUUUUGCACCCGGUGCUGUACAAGACCUACGAGCCCGACCCGAGCCGCCGGUUUGUGAUACUGAACCCGACCACAAUCCCCCGAAUGUACCACUCCUCGUGUUUGCUGUUGCCAGAUGGCAGAAUACUAGUGGGCGGGAGUAACCCCCACCAAAUGUACAACUUCAGGCGAGCUUUCCCGACCGAGCUGAGCCUGGAGGCGUAUAUUCCGCCGUACCUGAGCCCCAGCUCGGCCCUUCUGCGCCCUACGAUCAUAUCCAUCGAAGCAGAAGGAGGGAACAUCGUAUCGUACGGUCAGGAAUUCUCCGUCAACUUCGGACUGUCAGUGUACCGGCCUGGGGUGGCGAUAACCGUUGCGCUCGUUUCGCCGUCGUUUACGACGCAUUCGCUGGCCAUGAACCAGAGGGUGGUGGUUUUGGAGGUAGCGAGUCAGAAGCGUUUGUCUGUUUUCGAUUACAAGAUUACGGCGCGGGGCCCGCCGUCGACCACCGUGGCGCCACCUGGGUAUUACAUGAUAUUCAUUGUCCACGCUGGAGUUCCAGGUCAGGCUCUGUGGGUCAAGGUGCAGUGAAUGCCAGAUGGCAUUGAGGGUUUUAGGGUUUUUGUUUAGGAACGAAAAUUCAAUUCAAUUUGUUUGUUGGAAUUGUAAGGAUUACAGAAAAGAAGAAUAAAUCUAUUAAUAGUGAAGUGU